AUGCAAGCGAUAAAGUUCAAGGAUGCUAUAAGCGGAAAAUACAUCCUCCGAUUCCAUUUAGUGUCAACAUGGGCUGGAAUGGAAGAACGACUAAAACAAGCUUUCCUCCAUGAUGAUGCGCUAGGUCCGCAUGUUAACGAAGGUCACUACGAUCUCGUUGGUCCUGAAGACGAAAUCACCCUUCCUCAAGUCUGGGAAUUUGUCGUUGAACCUGUUGGAAUGAGCGAGAAAAACAAGCGUGGAACGAGUUGUGGUGUCAAAAUUGGCGGAUCGGCAGAACUAAUUGAGGAGCUGGGGUGGGUCAGGGCCCUUGGGACAAUCUUUGGUGUGAAGCCAGGCAUACAAGUGAAGUAA